UUCGCUCCUUCUGAUAUCCGGCUUUCGUCUGCUUGUCCCUCGACUGUUUUUCUCGUCUCUCUGUGUUAGAGCUGGACAACACGCGAAAUGAUGAUUAAAGUUAUACAUUUGACGAGAUAAUCGCGAUAUAAAGUCUGAGGUUUCGCUCCGGACGGAUGUGUGGAAUAUCACGUCAUUAACACCGUCACAGUAGCGCGGAGCUCGCGCUGCAGCAGCGGUCUGAGACGAUGGCACCCACAAAGAUGAAGCUGCGCGUGAGGAAGGAGAAACCCUCGGCGAAGUUGUCUCAGCAGCCUCAGCCUCAGCAGCAGCCGCUCCGUCCUGAGACGUCCCCGGACUCGAAGUGUCCGAUCUGCCUGGACCGCUUUGUCAACGUGGCGUCCGUGGAGCGCUGCCUGCACCGCUUCUGUUUCCGCUGCAUCCGCGAGUGGGCCAAGAACAAAGCCGAGUGCCCGCUGUGCAAGCAGCCGUUCCGCUCCAUCUUCCACUCGGUGAGGGCUGAGAACGACUUUAAAGAGUUCAAGGUUCUGGAGGACAGCACGGCGAGCGCGACCACUUCGGCGAUGACGGCCGCGGCGAUAACGGUGCCGCACGCUGGACAAAACAGCGGCGAAAGCACGGCGGCGAGAAGUCGGCGUCCCAGAGCAGCGAGGACGAGGAAUUGGCGGGGUCAGAGAACCCAAGGCACCGCCCCUUCUGCUUCCACAAUUGAUGGCGUGCCGCUGGAUCACGCGGCACUGAUGCAGCGAGACCCAGCUUGUUUACGGCAGCUGCUGCCGUGGCUACGCCGAGAGAGGGUUAUGGGAACCAAUCCGAGCGAGAUCCGCCCCUUCCUGCUGGCACGCACUGACCACAUCCUGCACGAACUGGUGAGCUUUGCGCGCUCCAUCGAGGCCAUGCAGUGUCCCCCGGCCCCAAGCUACGAGGAGGACAGUGGUUCCCCGUCCUCCAUAAUCAACAUCUCAGAGGAUGACGAAGACAGCGAGACAGCAGAAGUUACCGAGGACACCACCCAGGAUCACGUGCUCCCAGUUCCCAUGGCUACCAGCAGCGAAAUCUCUCUUAGUCAAUCCGCCUGGGACGACGAGACCCCUGGCCCCUCCUACUCCACCCUCAGCAAUCCGCCGGACAUCGAGCCUGAAGAGAACCAAUUAACUGUCACCGCUACAGAACAGCUGGAGCACCGUGAUGCUGACGACCGCGACGACGAGGAAGAGUGUAUGAUCGUAGGUUACGUUAAGCCGAUGGCAGAACGAACUCCUGAACUUGUGCAGCUCUCCUCUGACUCCACAGACGAGGAGGAGGAGGUGCGGGGAAUUGAGGCCGCUGCCACAGAGACGGUGAUGAAGGUGGAGUCGUCAGUGCUGUCUCAAGAGCAGGCCCCGCUUUCUCCAAAACCGUAUCCCUCCACCUCGCACACGGAGAGAGCAGAGAACAUGGAGAAGUCGAGAGAGCAAGUAAGUGCUGGAAAGCACUCGCACCACAAAAGGCGGGAACACACCCCGAGGCGCGGCUUUAGGAAACCAUCGAACUCGCAUUCGGGGUCGCUUUCCCAGACGAGCACUGAGAGUUCUCCUCAAAGCGAACGUUCAGUAAAAAUCGGUAGACCCCACGUAAGAUCAAAAUGUCGAGAACCGAGGAGGCGGGGUCACCAUUUAUUAGGGCGCAGUCCCACCAUUUUCCCUGAACGAAAUGGCUCGUCUUCGGAGGACCUCGUCCCGACCCGUUCCGUUCCUGCACGAGAGAAGUCUUUCUCCCCGUGGGAUUCGCCCGGGCACGAUGGCGAGCGCAAGAGGAAGAGGAGGAAGAGGAGGAGAGAACGAGAAACUGAGAGGAGUAGAUCUCCACACCGGGACUCGCGUCAUCGCCGUGGUAACCGUGCGCUCUGGCUGGGUAGCAGCAGCCUUAGCAGUAGCAGCAGCGAUGCAGAGUCACGUCGGGAAAAACCUGCCGGAAAACGCAAAUACAAAACGCGGCACCUAGAGAGAACGGCUCACCGGCGAAGCAGUGGGAAACUGCGGAAACGGGAGAGGGAGCGAAGUCCGAGCGUGGAGAUCAUUUUCGAACGCCGUGCAUCUGACUCGCACUCGAGGGGCAGGAGGCACAAAAAGAGGAGUCGGAAAAAAGAGCGAGAGCAGCACCUCUCUCCUACUGUUAUCACUAUAGACAGCAGCGACAGCAGCAGCGAGCACGCUGCCGAGCCUCAGAACCGUCACGCCGAGGCUAACGGUCAUCGGACCUGGCUGAUGGAUGAGAUAGAUAACGAUCACACUGUUGACUAUCAGGAUCGUGACGAUAACGAGCGCAUUACAGACUUAAGCGAUCACACCAUUGAUUAUCAGGAGCGCCUCGCUGAGUUUAGCGACCGAACCGCCGAUGAUAAAGACCGCGCUACAGAAGCUAGAAACUACAUUGAUGACUAUAAACAUCACGUCAGCGAUCAGAGCCGCGGAACGGUGUUUAGCGAUCGCGUGGCUGAGUAUAAAGACUCUGUUGCAGGAGUUAGCACUCAAACGCCCGAUUAUAAGGACAAAUGUACGGACGUCGGCGCUACUGGUUACAAACACAGUGUCCUGAAGGUUAGCGAUCAGGCUGCUGAGCAGCGAGAGCACAAUGCACAUGCUAGCAGACUCACUGCUGCUUACAAACACGCUGUAACGGACGGUACGAGCGCUGAGCGCGAAGACGACUCCAAAGAGCGGAGUGGUUACAUGGCUGCAUCUAAACACUGUCACGCAAACAUUAAUGAUCGCACCACUGAUUUUCUGGAGUCACUUUUGGACUUUGAUGAGAGUCUGGACGAUUCUCAGGACUCCGUAACGGACACCAGGAACUCGAGGGUUUCGGACGCGCUGACUCUGGAGCGGUGCCUGGUGGACGUCGUGCAGGAAAUCAGGGGAGAGGAUGAGGAGAGACACAAGGCCGCGACGCCGCUCUCCGACCCAUGCUUCCUGGAGGAACUAGAGGACAGUCUAAUGGGGCAGGGGCAUGGGAAUAAUACCGUGGGCCAACAGGAGGCGGGGCUUGUGGCUCACAGGGACCAAUCAGCGACGGAGAUGGAUAAUCAUCAUGUGACGAGGGACUCGGGUGUUAGUGCUGAGAUGAGCCCUGAUGUAUAGAACCAAACACACACACACACACACACGAAAACAUUUUAUACAGGACGUAGUCAACUCACAUUAAAUAAGAAAUCUGUUUUGUUUUUGUUUUUUUUGUUUAUUAUUUGUCUUUUUUCUUGUUUUUCUGUUUUGAAAGUUAAGCCAAGUGAGGAAGCGAUCUUCAAAAGAAGCGUUUCUUUUUAUUAUUGUUAUGAUUUUAGUAUUUAUAAAGCCUGUAAUGAAGCGGAAAAUAAAAUUACCUGCUGUGCCACAACACACACACAAGCACACAUUUACACACUUACACACCCAAUUAAUACACAUGCACAAUAAACACAAUACGCAAACGUCUGUCUUAAACUCAGGGAACCUGUGGCAAAUGUUCACUUCCUUAAUUACCACCAUGCCUCUUACACUGUGUGUGUGUGUGUGUGUAUCUGCAACAGAAUACAGUGGGUAAAGAACAAAACAAAUGGUGCAAACAAUAAAAAAAAAAUCUAACUAAAUGAGUUUCUGACUGUUGUGUGUGUGUGUGUGUGCGAGCUCAGGCGUUAUAGGAGACAUCAGAUAGGAUAUAUCUUUAUUUGUCCCAGAGUGGGGAAAUUUCUGUCUUACAGCAGCAAAGAACCAUAUGCAAACAUAAAGUAGUGACAGUACAGUGUAUAAAUACAAAAGGAAUGGAAAGGCAAUACAGUAGUUACACUUUCAAUCAAAUCGGACUUAAGAUAUGGUAACAACAUUGUUGUUGUAAUGUAGUUAUAUUUAUGAUAUUGUAACUAUAUUGUAAAAAUUUAAGGUGUCCUAUCAACAGUAUAUAUCACAGUAAUGAUGGUGUUAUGGUGACUCGUCCACUGUGAGCUCUGAUUGUACAGUCUAAUAGCAGCAGGGACAAAAGACCUGUGAUGUCGCUUCCUCAGGCCCUUGAGAUAUGUGGGGUCUGAGGAAGAGUUCUGUAGGGAGUGAGCUGAUGAAUGUGGUAAGGUAGAAGGUGUGUGAACUACAUGUGUGUAAACUAGUGCAUUAUUAGUUUAAUGGUUUUGUUCCAUCAGUUGUACCUGAUGAUAAAAAACUAAACCAAGUGAGAGUGUAACUUUAUUCACAAUAUUGACAUCUCUGUGUGACAGCAGAGCAACACCAUCUCCAGCUUCUCAGGUAUAGUACUGCAUUUCGUCAUAUUAAAUUAAAUAAUGUAGAGUAAAUUAAAGAGAUGGGAACAGAUAUUUUACUGUGCCAGGCUGCAAAGUGCUUAGAAAUACAAUAAAAAUGCUGGUUGUUUAUUUACCAACCUCAUUUCCUCUCUCGUCUGUUCUAACCACUUAGCAUCAGUGGUAUUCUAAUUACUGGCCUGAACAUUUGCCAUAAUCUGCACCUGUUUUUCUUUUUUCUUUGUUGUUUAAUGGUGAUUGGAAUCCAGUAGUUUGGUUACAUUACUGUCUCCCUCAUCCUCCCCGCAUCUUAAUGCUGAUUUUCCAGACCAUGUUCUAAGUUAGAUGGUUUUUAUGCUUGAAUAAUUCAUAGGUCACUGUGUGGCUUAACUAACAAAGAAACAAAGAAAAAACAUCCUCUGAAUCUGCUUAGGUACAGUGACUGGACUUAAAGUGAAGACAGAUAACAAAGUCCUUUAGGAAGCCUGGGGAACUAUGUCUCAGAACUACAAGAAGGUUUUCUUGUCUUUGCACAGGACUGCACACCAACACCGAAAUCUAGCACCAGAAUCAUCAGCAUCUUGGUUGUUUAUUGGUGGUUGGAAUCCAGUAGGUUACACUGUCACCAGCUGUAGGUCUCACUCUCCUUCACUCUCUUCACCUCUUAAAGUCAACUUUCCAGACCAACCUUUCUUAAAACCCGUUUCUCACUCGUGCAUGUUGGAUGUUUUUUAUGCUGAAUGAUUUAUAGGUCACUGUGUGGUUUAACAAACAAAAAACAUUCGACUGAAACUGGACUGGACUGAACAUGAGAAGAAACGACAAAGUUCUUCAGGAAACCUGGAAAAAAACUAUUCAUCAAAAAUACUUUGAAUACUUUGGAGCUUUGGAAGCAAAAUGGAGGCAAGACUUCUCUCCUGAUUCUCACAGACUCUACUGAGGAAGGAAGUGUGUGUGUGUGUGUGUGUGUGUGUGUGUAUCCAGACUUUAUGUUCCUCCAUGCUCAUGUGUGUCCUC